AUGCAUUUCUGGAGAGCAUUGUGGGUGGUAAUAUGGUUGCAUGUUCAAUGCUGUUAUGCGACCCCAAUCUCUUCAACCACUUCGACGGCCACGGUAGCAACAGCUACACCUCUUGUUGUACCACCAAGCCAACUCUGGGAUGGAAGUGACGGCCCAUGGUCUUCGUUUUAUAUCCGCGUCGGAUCUCCCCCUCAGUCACUUCGAGUCCUCGUCUCAACCUCAAGCAAUCAACCCUUGGUAGUUUUACCGGGAGCGUGUGAUUCCGACGACUCGAAUUGCGCAACCGAUCGAGGUGGUCUCUUUCAAAGAAAUGCUUCGACGACAUGGUCUCCGAACAAUUCUUCCACUGGGGGCUUGUAUGCUGUUGUUUUGGACUCGAAUGUUGGUUUGAUCCCUGAGGUCCAAUAUGGAAGCGAUACUCUUGCUCUCGGUUACCUAGGAAGUGGGGCACCGGCCCUCACCAGCCAACUUGUCGGUGGAAUUACAACAACCGAUCUGUACACAGGUAUCUUCGGUCUUAAUCCUUCGGCGACAAAUUUUUCCAGUAAUGCUCCCGAGGUAGCUAGUUACAUGUCAACCCUGAAAGCGGAGAAUCAAAUUCCCUCACUGUCAUAUGGAUAUAAUGCUGGGAAUGGCUAUCGCUUCAAUACUGCGUUUGCCAGCUUGACCCUUGGUGGCUACGAUAAAUCGCUCUUCGAUCCUAAUAAUCUCACAUUUGCAUUCUCUACUGAGAGCGAUUCAGAUUUGACAGUUAGUAUCAAAUCGAUCGCUCAAACAUCCUCAUCAGGAAAUGGUUCCCUUUCAUCCUCCUCGUUCUCGGCAUUCCUCGACACCACGACUCCAUAUUUAUGGCUUCCUGAUGAGGUCUGCGCUCAAUUCGAAGAAGCAUUUGGAAUCACAUAUGACAACACUUCCGGCCUCUAUCUCGUGAACGACACCUUACAUGACUCUCUCGUCUCCCAAAAUGCAAACAUCACAUUCACGCUCGGGAAUGCCACCAGCUCGGAGACCGUUGAUAUUGUCCUACCAUACGCAGCAUUCGACCUCACUGCCUCAUCUCCACUUGUCGAAACACCAACACGAUAUUUCCCACUGAAACGAGCGAAUGCUACAUCUCAAGUCACCCUCGGCAGGACAUUCUUUCAGGAAGCCUACCUGAUUACCGACUAUGAAAGCUCAACAUUCUCGGUCAACCAAAUGAGCUGGAACCCCAAUGCUCAAGCAGACAUAAUCUCAAUCCUGCCAGCUUCUCUCACCUCCGCCUCCUCAUCCAGCACGCCCUCUCCUGCCCCCAAGAAGAAGAGCACCGUCCCAACCUCAACAAUAGUAGCAGCAACACUCUGCAGCGCAGCAUUCCUCACCAUCCUCAUCGCCUCCAUAAUCCUCAUCCGCCAACGCCAAAAGAAACUCGACAUCCUCGUCAAAACACCACCUACGCCCGCCGCAGCCUUCACAUUCGCCCACAACGUAACCCCAGCCGACUGCGCGCACUGCCGAACCCACACCCCGUCCCCGUUACCGUCCCCGGAGCAGCAGCCCAUGGAACUCCCCUCCGGCUCCCCAACCCAAAGCUCCAUGAGCUCCCUCCAAUCCUCCAUGGCAAACUCCAACCGCCGAUCCAGCACGCCCGUCCCCUCGGGCCUAGCCCUCGCCCCCGUAUCCCCCAUGUCGCCCGUCCCCACCUUUCCCAUGCCGCCCUCCUCGCCCGGCCCCGUCAUCCCGCCCCGCUACUCGAGCCUCGACCGCGUCGCCAGUCCGACGAGCUACUACUUCCCGCAGCAGAACAUCUACGAGCUCCCCGCGCGCGAAGAAGUCCUAGGCCGCGGCACGCCCGUGGAGAGCGUGUUGCAAGCUGCUCUCGACCAGGUCGUUUUAAAUCAUAAUCAACAACAGUAUAUCCCUUACCAAGCUCCCUCUCCCCGCACUACUACUCAGGUGGAAAGACGCAGGACUCUCCAUUCUCCAGUGUAUGGCGAAGACGAACAUCCACCGCCUCUCCGGAUACAGACUCAACACUCCGGUGGCUUUAACUCAACCCUAAACCGCCAAACACACAACUUCACCUUCGACAUCCACCCCCAACUGCGCACCGCUCGAGGAGCUCGAGGAAGUCGCGACCUGAUCGCCGAGCACGCGGAGCGGAUGCGGGAGUGGGAGGAUAUGCGGGGACCGCUUUCGCCGCCGCCGGAUCGGCCGUUGCCUGCGCUGCCGGGGGUGGGCGGGGAGAGAGAGAGGAGGAGGGAGGAGGUGGAGAGUCCUGGGAGCGGGACGUUGGAUUUGAUGGAGUAUAGUUGGUUGAGGCUUCAUUAG